AUGAGAGAUGAGAGGUGGUGGUGGUGGUGGUCGUGGAGGCUCCCCGCGAUUCGAUUGGGGGAAAAGGGGGGAGGAGCAUGUGCGAGAAAGUGGGAACAUCGCAAUCACGGUCGCCGCCGCCGUCACCGAGACGCAUCAUCAUCGCCACCACCACCACCACCACCACCACCACCACCGCCACCACCACCGCGAUUCCGCAACCUCAGCCCCCCCAAGGGGGACUUCAACAACUACCGCCACUCAAGGGGGAUAAAAUGCAAGAAAGCCAAACAGCCGCAGGAGAGCGGGAGAGAAUGCGAACGAGAGAUUGCGAGAUACGCGAAGGAGCUAGCUGGCUGGCUGGCUAGCUGGCUGGCUGGCUGUUACCGCAGCCGAUAUAGACAGCCCGGCGGUAUCCCACCUCCUCCACUUCCCGCUGGGGUAGCAGCAGCAGCAGCAGCAGCCGCAGCAGCGGCAGUGGGGACGGCGGAAAUGGAGAUGGCGGAGGAGGAAGCAGAGGCGGAGGCGGAGGCCGAGGGGAGUACUGCUGCCGGCAGGGGGGUUAGCGGGGGCAGUACUGUAGCCGGAGAUGGCCCUGGAAAAAAACCCAUCCCCAUCCCCGUCCCCGUCCCUAGCCCCACGUCGCACGACAUCCGCCGCUGCACCCGCGACCCCGCGAGUACCAUUUGCGAGAGGGAGCGCGAGUGGCGUUGA